CAAAGAUUUGCCAGGUCUUUGUCAUAAUUGUUCUUGACUAAAAGAAGAGAGGAUCUAUCAUUGACAACAGAUUCUCCUGUUGUUUGUAUAAAUUUGGGGUCUGGCCAUGGCAGAAACAGAAACAGAGAGGAUUCAACUGAAGCGCGAGUUGGGUUUAGUCAGUGCUGUUUCCUUGGUAGCAGGAACCAUGAUUGGAUCGGGAAUAUUCAUGUCCCCUCAGUUUGUGCUGUCCUACAUUGGAAGUCCAGGGGCAAGCCUGAUCAUUUGGGCAUUGUCUGGCCUUGUAGCCAUGCUGGGGGCACUCUCAUAUGCUGAGCUAGGAACCAUUAUUAAAGAAUCAGGAGGGGACUUUAUCUACAUUCUUCGAAUCUAUGGACAGUUUCCUGCCUUCUUUGUGGCCUUCACCUUCCUACUAGUGGUGAAACCAGCAAGCAUUGCAGCAAUAUCCCUCAGUUUUGCAGAAUAUGCUGUGGCACCUUUCUACCAAGACUGUUCUCCUCCUCAGCUAAUAGUGAAGUGUGCUGCUGUUGCAGCCAUCAUGGUUGUAGCCAUGGCAAACAUCUUGAAUGUACGUUUAGCCAUGAGAAUUCAGGUGGUCUUCUUGGUGGCUAAGCUAUUUGCAUUGAUGGUUAUGGUAAUUGGAGGGAUAGUGAUAAUUGCACAGGGAAAUGUUGCUGUACAACAAAAUGCUUUUGAUGGUACGAACUUGGGUUUGAGCUCCAUAGGGAUGGCUUUUUACCAAGGCCUCUGGUCCUUUGCUGGCUGGUACAACUUGAACUAUGUGACAGAAGAGUUGAAAAGACCUGAGGUAAAUCUGCCCAGGGCAGUUAUAAUUGCCAUCCCCAUGGUAACCAUGCUGUAUCUACUCGUCAAUGUGAGCUACCUGGCUGUCAUGACGCCAAGAGAACUGAUGUCGUCGAAUGCAGUGGCUGUCACCUGGGGGAAUAAGGUGCUCGGGAGCUGGGGAUGGGUGAUGUCUAUCGCAGCCGCUUUGUCUGCUUUCGGCUCCCUGAAUGGAACAUUCUUUAGUGGCGGCCGGGUGUGCUUUGUGGCUGCAAGAGAGGGACACAUGCCUGAUAUUCUGUCCAUGGCCCAUGUGAAUCGACUGACCCCCUCUCCAGCCCUGAUCUUCACCACGGCUAUCUCACUCCUGGUUCUCAUCCCUGGUGACUUUCAGAGCAUUGUCAACUUCUUCAGUUUCACUGCCUGGUUCUUCUAUGCAAUCACUCUGUCUGGGCUCCUCUACCUCAAGAUCAAGAAACCUGAACUUCCCAGGCCAUAUAGGGUUCCCAUUGUAAUCCCCAUCUUGGUCAUCAUCGCAGCAAUUUUCCUUGUGCUGGCACCUAUAAUUGACAACCCCGCGAUAGAGUACCUCUAUGUCACCAUGUUUAUCUUUAGUGGUAUUUUGGUUUAUGUACCCUUCAUCCACUUCAAACUGUGCCCUGGACUGUUGGAGAAAGUCACUGUGUUCCUGCAGCUCUUCCUAGAGGUGGCCCCAGCAGACAAAAAUCUAUGAUUUAUUUUACAGAAUAUAUGUGUCACGGUCUGACCUUUAUUUCCUUUGUUUUGUCGUUAUUUAGUAUGGUCAGGGCGUGAGUUGGGGUGGGCAGUCUAUGUUUGUUUUUCUAUGAUUUUGGGAUUUCUAUGU